CUUCAUUUAGACCCCGGAUGAACCUGCCAGUGGGGGAAGUGAAUAGAGCCAUCAAAGCACAGUAAAUGAAAUUUGGUGGAGGGGGGGAAGCUCAAAUAAACUCUUAACAGUGGACCCUUCGGAACAGCUCCAAAUUGGAUUUAAGUAAAUGCAUGGGGACUGGCAGAAUUGAACAGUGGAGCUAGCUUGCUACUGACUGUAAAGUAGUAUCUAGAAUAAAAAAACGUGCUUUUAGCAAGCUAGCUAACGUUACUCUACUGGGAUCCGAAGAAAACGUAGUUUUUGAGAGAACAGACGUCUAAUUGAAAGGCUUCUACACAUCCAGUGGCUUGCUUCAUGAAUUAUGUCUGCAACAAGUAUUGACCCUCAGAAUUCAAAAGGACAAGACGCUAAAGUCUUUCCGGUUUCAGUGCAAAAUGGCUCACUCCACCAGAAGGAAACUGUCCAUGAUAAUGACUUUGAGCCCUAUCUCACUGGCCAAUCCAAUCAGAACAACAGCUACCAAUCCAUGACUGACCCUUACCUGUCCAGCUACUAUGCCCCCUCCAUUGGAUUUCCCUACCCUCUUAGCGAGGCCCCUUGGUCCACCGGUGGCGACCCCCCUAUCCCUUACCUGACUCCCUAUGCGCCCCUCAGCAAUGGAGACCAUCACUUCAUGCAUGACACUGUGUUUGGCCAGCCUGGGGGGCUUGGCAGCAGCAUCUACCCGCAUAGGUUUAACUUUUUCCCUGAGAACCCGGCCUUCUCCGCCUGGGGUACCAGUGGGUCUCAAGGCCAGCAGACUCAGAGUUCAGCCUAUGGGGGCAGCUACAGCUACCCUCCCAGCUCCCUGGGGGGCACACUAGUCCCUGAUGGCCAAACAGGGUUCCACAGUGACACUCUGAGCAAGGCACCAGGUAUGAACAGCCUUGAACAAGGGAUGCUGGGGCUGAAGAUGGGUGGGGAUGUGUCUGGCAGUGGCUCAGGUGUGAAGAGCGUGAGUUCUGUGAUCGGCGGUAGUGGUGCUGUAGCUCAGGCUGUUGUUACAGGCAACGGUGGAACACCAAUUGGCAUGCCCCCUCCUAAGCCCACGUCCUGGGCCGCUAUUGCCAGCAAACCAGCCAAGCCACAGCUGCUGAAGGCCAAGGCCAAGCCAGGCAUGCCCAUGGGGGGAGCUCUGCCACCACCGCCCAUCAAACACAACAUGGACAUUGGGACAUGGGAUAACAAGGGGCCUAUAAGCAAAGUGGCCCCUCCGCUGCCCCCCCACCACCAACAUCAGCAGCUCCACUCUCAUAGCCAUGCCCACCUUCCCCACGGGCUCCCCCCUCCCCCUCAGCAGUCCAUUCAAUCUGCCCAGUCCCUUGUGCAGCAGAUGACCAUGGGCCCGCCCCCUCCACAGUCAUACCAGAACCACAACUUAGGCCCGCCCCCUCAGACCCGCUGGGUUGCCCCGCGUAACCGUAAUCCGGGCUACGGAGGGGGCAGCAUGGACAGCAGCGGUUCCUCUAGUGGCGGGGGUGUUGGGAAUGGAGGGGGUGUUCCUCCAGGUUCUGGCUCAGGUCUAGAGAACCACCCUGUACUGGAGAAGCUGAGGGCUGCCCACAGCUACAACCCUAAGGAGUUUGACUGGAACCUGAAGAACGGCCGCGUGUUCAUCAUCAAGAGCUACUCUGAGGACGACAUCCACCGCUCCAUAAAGUACUCCAUCUGGUGCAGCACAGAGCACGGCAACAAGCGUCUGGACUCAGCCUUUCGUGCCAUCAGUGCCAAAGGCCCUGUCUAUCUGCUUUUCAGUGUUAAUGGCAGUGGGCACUUCUGCGGCGUGGCAGAGAUGCUCUCGCCCGUGGAUUAUGGCACCAGUGCUGGCGUCUGGGCGCAGGACAAGUGGAAAGGCAAGUUUGAUGUGGACUGGCUGUUUGUGAAGGACGUGCCCAAUAGCCAGCUGAGGCACAUCAGGCUGGAGAACAACGACAACAAGCCGGUAACCAACUCUAGGGACACUCAGGAGGUCCCUCUGGAGAAGGCCAAGCAAGUGCUGAAGAUCAUUGUGGGCUUCAAACACACCACCUCCAUCUUUGAUGACUUCUCCCACUAUGAGAAGAGACAGGAGGAAGAGGAGGUUGUCAGAAAGACCUAUGAGCCAAUUCCAAUACAGCGAGGGUCCCGACUUGAUCAGGAACACCAAAACCGAAGUAAACCACAAUAGAAGACUACUCCUUAUAGCUUGAUCAACGGUUGUACUUGGAUGGACAUAUUGAAAUUUAGAUCAUAAAAAAACAAGAGGACAUAAAGAAAUUUCUAACUUAAAUUUCUUUUUCUAUUUAAUUUUGAUGACUUUGGCCCACAUCAAACUUUGAGCCACCUUGCUCCUGGUCUGGUUCCCAGUCUACAAGUUGUGCGCACAGAUCAAAUUGCUUCAUCAUUUUUAGUGUUCUUUAUUUUGUAUUUUAACCCUGGUCUCCUAUUUGUUAUACCCCCACACGCACAUCCUUAAUUAUGAUUAACAAAUAUCUGCACGUCUUUAAAAAACAUGCUGCUGAUAUUCAGUGACUGUUCAACUUGUGGUGUGAGUGUUGGAGAAACUUUAAGUGCUUGUAUUGCUUGUUCUGAUUAGGAAGAGUGAACGUGACAACAGAAUCUUGACAAAUGUUUGAUAACUACAUAGAACAGUUUUAUUUAGCAUAAUCAGAAGAAGUGUUCUGUUUUGCCCUUGUCCAUCUGAGGGUGGUUUGUGGAUGGUAGAAGAUUGUCUAUCCAAAAAGCUUCUGCAAAUGAUUGAUAUUAUGGAUAAAGUGAAAGUUUAAAAAUGUAUCACUUGGCUUAUCACUGUUGUGACAAACUAUGUGGAAGAAGAGAUGUGUUCAUACAUUUUUUUCAGAGUGGAGCCUUAACAUUUCUUACUGACAACACUGUCAAUUAAAUGAUAUUUGCUCUACUGUACCUCAAGUGUGUCAGCAAAAAGAUUCAAAGGAAAGAUGUCUAGAACAUCCCCUCUCAAGGGAGGUCCCUCUCUUUGUUUUUGAUGGGGUGGAAAUGCAAACAUACUCAGUUCAGGUUCUUAGCCGGACAAUACGAUUGUCUUUUCCCUUAUUUUAAAUCAUGUCUUUCCUUUAUCAUAUCUGUUACAUUUCUCUGUUCCCUGUCAUUCCAACAAUGGGGGUCCCUGUUUAAGUCAUUUUGGGGACAAAAUGUAGCAUGUACUGCUUUUAAAUUCAAGAUUGGCCUGUCAUUUUGUUUCUGAGCCUUGUCAUUUCCAUACAGAAUUAAAAUGUUGAUAUUUUUCUCUCUAUAACCCUUCCACUUCAUCCUCAGAAAUGUUAAGCUUUAAUGUACUGGCAAAGCUAAUUGAGAACGCCUGAAAUGUGUAUCUUUAUAAUUCAUGUUACUGAUUUAAUGUCAAGUGUAUGAAAACCCAGAGAAUGGUCUUCAUGGUAUCUGUGUGAUUUCCUUAAUUUUUGGGGGGCUUGCUGUACUGUGUAUGUCCGUAUGCAAGUGUGAAAGACUGAGAGGGAGUGUGAUUAUUGAGGGAGUCAGAUUUAUAUAAUGGUAUUGGAAGUGAUUCAUGAUAAUAUAUGAACAUUUUAAGAAAAUAAAUGUAGAAAACAAAUGUUUAAGUCACUCCUGAAUUAAAUAUGCAUUGUAUCAAAGGUCACUAUCACAUUCUUAGAUUUGAUCAUGGUCAUUAUUAAAGGUAUACUAUCUGUUGUAA